GAUCCACACUCAUCUCCGAGCCUCUGCAGAAAAUGUUUAAACAAGUAUGAAGGUUGGUACUGACAGACUCUUUUCUUUGACUGCAGGUGUCAUGACGACCACACAGAUGAAUGCUACACCCUUCCUUUCCACUAGCAUUACGGAUUUGCCAGAAUAUGACGACUUUGAUGAGUUUGCAGAGCUGAAAGAAGCUCUACAUGUCAUGUCUCUUGUCGUUUGCAGUCUGGUAUCUCUCCUGGGUGUGAUUGGGAACGGUCUGGUUAUCUGGGUGACCGGCUUCAAGAUGAAGAAAACUGUUAACACAGUUUGGCUUCUUAAUCUUGCUCUGGCUGACUUCCUCCUGCUGAUUUUUCUUCCCUUUCACAUCACUUCCCUGGCUUUAGACGCCUACUGGCCUUUUGGUGCAGUCAUGUGCAAAAUCACCCACACGUCACUGAUGCUAAACAUGUAUGCCAGUGUCUUGAUCCUGAUGGUGAUCAGCAUGGAUAGAUGUGUGUCUGUGACGCGACCUGUAUGGGCUCAGAACCACAGAAAUGUCCGCAAAGCUUCCUUUGUGAGUCUGAGUGUUUGGCUGCUGGCUCUGGUUCUCAGCGUUCCCAUCCUUGUUGUCUUUAAUACCUCUGAAUAUCGUGAUGUUUUAGUGUGCUCAAAUGAAGUUGAUCAAACUGGGAGUCAUAUUAUGAUAGUAACUCACUUCCUCCUUGGAUUCAGCAUCCCUUUCAUUGUAAUUGUCACCUGUUAUGCUGUCAUAAUCUAUACUCUACAAAAAAAACGCACUCUGGCCAGCCAAUCAAGACACGCCUUUAAAAUAAUCUCUGCCAUCAUCGUCGCCUUCUUCCUGUGCUGGACUCCCCAUCAUCUGUUGGGGAUCAUUGUGAUAAAGGAUGACAUGACAGGCAAUACUGAUGACACAUUCGGACACAUCAUUAAUAUUGGACACCCGAUUGCAUUGACCCUGGCUUUUCUGAACAGCUGCCUGAACCCUUUGCUCUACGUGUUCAUGGGUCAAGAUUUCAAGAAUAGAAUCUUCAAAUCCCUCCCAAAAGUGUUGGAGACUCUCCACGAUGAAGAGGGGCCUCUCUCACAAACCUACAGAAGAGCUGUGGUCUCUAACCGGAGCAAAAAUACGUCUUCGACUAAAACUGCGGUGUAAUCCUCCCAAUGAAGAAAAGCUUCAACCAGAGACAUUUUUACAAAUAUAAAUGCAAAACAAGUGUACCAAUCCUGAUGUUUAAAUUCUACCUAAAAAGUCACUCCCAUGAAAAUAGUGUUUUUGAUGUUUUUAAUAUGCUCUUGUAGCAUUUUUAUCAUAUAAAUAAAUAGAAAGUUAAGCUAAAAGGCGAAUUUCUGGAUAUUUCUUUAUUUAAAUUGUUGUGAAUCAGUUGCAGAUGAAAAAAUGCUUGUAGG